AUGCACGAACCAGUUCAGCUGUACAACGAAAUAAAGCAUCAUAGAAAAAACAUUAUAUCACCUGUGGAUCUGAUGGGAUGUUCAAUAACUCCUGCAUGCACUUCACACGAGCAAAAAGCACUGCAUGUCUUGAUUGCACUUCUUUUAUCAUCGCAAACACAAGACAGCAUAACAUGGAAUGCCAUGCAAAGACUACGUCAGUCACUUCCCGAAGGAACACACAAUGAAUCUUCAGAAUACAAUGGACUCACACUCGAAAACAUACUCAUCACAAGCACCAAUCACAUCAACAAUUGUAUCCAGAAAGUUGGUUUCCACAAUAAAAAGGUACAGUACAUCAAAAAAAUCGCACAGAUAUUGGCCAAAACAGGACUUCCAAAUACACUGGACGAUCUACUUGCACUUCCAGGCAUAGGCAUGAAAAUGGGCGUCUUGUACAUGGCUCAUGUUCACAACAAGACAGUGGGAAUAAGCGUAGAUACACAUGUUCAUAGAAUCUCAAAUAGAAUAAGACUAGUAAGCACCAAAAGACCAGUUGAAACACAGAAAAGACUUCAGGAAAUCAUACCUGAGAAUGAGUGGAUGGCACUCAACACAGUCCUCGUUGGAUUCGGUCAGAUAAUAUGCCUUCCACGGAGUCCACAGUGUAACAAAUGCAUAAUCGCUUCAAAAUGCCCAAGCUCUCUUUUCUGA